UUAAGAUUAGUACGGGAUGAAAAUUCGAUAUAUUUAAGUGGAUCCCAAUUUUCAGAUCACAUUUCUUCUUCUUUGUUAAAAUCCCUCCCCAUAAUCAUCAUCAAUCAAUUUCCACUCCGUAACCAAUAAACAGAAAGAACUAUGAGAGGCAUUACAUAUUCAACAUCACAAAACUGGAUUACCAACGACAACAACAGAACCCAACAGCAAUCCACUAAGAAAGCCCUAAACACAAAUACAAAUUACCUGAAUACAACAAAAUCAGCAACAAAAACAAAACAAUGUCCACCCUUUUCAAUCAAUUCCUCCAAAACCCUAACACCCAAAACUGAUAACCCACCAUUGGUUGUUGUUGGUUCAGCUAAUGCUGAUAUUUAUGUUGAAAUUGAUAGACUUCCUAAAGAAGGUGAAACUAUAUCAGCUAAAACAGGCCAGACCUUAGCUGGUGGUAAAGGUGCUAAUCAAGCUGUUUGUAGUGGUAAACUAUCUUAUCCAACAUACUUUUUAGGUCAAGUUGGUGAAGAUGCACAUGGGAAUUUGAUUACCGAGGCGUUAAGAGAUAGUGGUGUUUAUAUUGAUCAUCUUAAUACUGUUUCAUCUGCUCCUACUGGACAUGCUGUUGUUAUGCUACAAGCUGAUGGUCAGAAUUCUAUCAUCAUUGUUGGUGGUGCUAAUAUGUCUUGUUGGCCUCAUACAUUAUCGAAUCAAGAUUUAGAUAUUAUUAAAAAUGCUGGGAUUGUUUUGCUUCAGAGAGAAAUACCUCAUUCUGUCAAUAUUCAAGUGGCUAAGGCUGCAAGGAGUGCAGGUGUUCCAGUGAUUCUAGAUACUGGCGGAAUGGAAGGACCAAUUCCUGUAGAGUUACUAACUCAUGUGGAUAUUUUGAGCCCAAAUGAAACUGAAUUGGCGCGUUUGACAGGAAUGCCGACUGAAAGUUUUGAACAAAUUAGCCAAGCUGUAGCAAAAUGUCAUGAAUUGGGUGCCAAACAAGUCCUGGUAAAACUUGGGACAAAAGGAUCAGCUGUAUUUGUAGAGGGAGAGGAACCAAUUGAACAGCCCAUGAUUGCAGCCAAAAAAGUCCUCGACACAACUGGGGCUGGUGAUACUUUCACUGCUGCUUUCUCUGUGGCGCUCGUCGAGGGCAAGUCCGUAAGGGAAUGCUUGAGGUUUGCUGCUGCAGCAGCUUCUCUCUGUGUUCAAGUUAAAGGGGCAAUCCCAAGCAUGCCGGACAGAGAAGCUGUUUUCAAUCUUCUUCAAUCUCUUUGACUAAUAUUUUUACUUUUCAUAAUUCUAGAUCAGGGUUUUUUUUUUUUUUUUUUUUUUUGCAUUUUAGUUGCCUUAAGUUUUCUAGUGAAAAGCUAAUAAUAUGCUUUAUACAACUAUAGAGGUGGUAACAUUCGUCUGAAGAAUAAAUAAAAUGUUUUUCCCUUACAUCAAGUCCCUUAGAAAUAAAAUGUUCUUUUGUAAGUGCACUAAAAUAUCUGGGUAUGUUUGGAAUUUGUUCUUAGAAAUAAGACAUUGUCAACUUUCAAUAUCACACUGUUUAGUUCAGACUUCAGAUUGUUCAAUCAUUUACUUCAAAGAUGACCAAUCAUUGUGCAGUGUUAUA